CGGGUUAGCACGAUAUGCAGCUUAUCAGGUUUCGUCGACGUUACGGUCUGAUUCUACUGAUCGUAUUCUCACUUGUCACUUACUCAGCGAUGUUGGUCUGCAAAAGGGGGAUUGUUCGAGAUAAACAAACUAAGCGAUCUCUUUCCGUUACAAGAAACACAGCAUCGUCACGUUUUGAGGAAAGAAAAAAAUCAUUGAAGCGAGCUUGUGCACAAUUUCAGCGACCUCUUACGGAGAAAGAGAAGAAACUUUUGUACGCCACAAUGGUGGUGGACGAUAAACACCGACUCAUUUGGUGUCCUGUUAGAAAAUCCGGGACAACAUCAUGGCGUAGCAUGAUGCUCAUCCUGACGGGAAGGUUUUCGGACGUAAAGGCGGCGAUAGACCACGCCUUUCAUCGCGACUUCCAGGGUCUAACGCGCUUGAGUCACAGCAAUGCGGAUAUCGAGUGGAGGUUGAAGAACUACACGAAAUUCAUGUCGUACAGAGAGCCACUUCAACGUGUCGUUUCUGACUACAGACAGAUUAGAUUGCAUAAAACUAGACGUCAACAAAUUGUUUGUAAAUGGGUUGUAGAGUACAACAACCGUCUCAAUGGAGGCAAGAGUGAACAGGAUGCCUGGAAAAACAUCAGUUUUCCUCAUUUUGUCAAUUAUAUUACUCGUUUUUAUGGCAACAAAGAAAAGUAUAUAGAUCUUAACAUUCAUUGGAGACCAAUCAAUUUGAUUUGCCAUCCUUGUCACAUUGAUUAUGAUUUCCUUGUCGACAUGGAUAGUACUGGUCUUGCUGAGGAAUCAGAUUAUCUCCUCAGAUCUGUUGGAGCUCCCUCUUGGCUGCAUCUGCCGCAUGACAAUCGAUCGGGUAAUGAAACAAAAUACAGCUUUAUCUCUCAGCUUUCGACCGCUCAGUUUCAACAUCUUCGUGAUCAAUACGACGACGACUACGAGAUAUUUGGAUAUCAACGUCUCAAUCAACAUGAAUAAUGUGAUAACUACAGCUGAUUAUUCGUGCCAAGAUACUAAUUGUGAUCUAACUUUUAGUCUAUAAGCUCUCAUGUUAGUCGUUUAUUUAGUACUCUCAAUUGCUCGUUUUUGUUAAGUUAAAGUUGGUAGAAAAUUAAUGUUUGGCAGACUACUAAAUUUUAGCUACUGUAAGUUGUUUAUAUAAAAAUGCUACAGUCACGUGACGUGUGACCAAUCACGAGCGUGUAGUUAGAUGGUGUAUAAUAAGUGAGUGUAACAGUGCAAUA